AUGAGUAUCAGGCAGCCAAGUCUUCCACCAAGCAAACCAAAUCUCAUUCAUCGAGGUCCGCCAAAACGAUACCGUCUACAUACAGAGAGAAAUGUGCUUGAUGAAUAUGGGAAAGUCAGAAAAUUUACUUUUGGGAAAAAAGAUGGCAGUAAAAUAAAUAAAAUUGUUCUGUUGGUGGGAGAGACCGGUGUCGGUAAGACAACUCUCAUCAACAGCAUGGUCAACUACUUACUGGGAGUGAGGUUUGAGGAUGAAAUAUGGUAUGAAAUCACAGAAGAAGCAGCCAGAGAUCAAUCAGAAUCACAAACCUCUGAAAUCACCAUGUAUGAGGUCUUUCCUGGGAAGAGUCCCAUGGCUCUCACUAUCAUUGAUACUCCAGGCUACGGAGACACUAGAGGACUGGAUAAAGAUCUGGAAGUUGCUGAGAAUUUAGCCACUCUGUUUCAGAGCAAUGAUGGAGUUCGUGAAGUCGAUGCCGUGUGUUUUGUGAUUGAAGCAUCGAAGAAUCGUCUCUCAGACAGACAACAUUACAUUAUCAGUUCAAUUCUGUCUUUGUUUGGAAGAGACAUUGUGAACAACAUUGUGUUCUUAAUCACACACUCUGAUGGUCUGCCACCCAAAAAUGUCAUCGGUGCCAUUAAUAAAGCUAGAAUCCCCUGCAGACGAGACAAAAGUGCCGAACCUGUUCAUUUCUUAUUCAACAACAGACAGGCUGAAGCCCGUCACACUAGAGAAUGUCACAUUCGUGCUCAAAGAGAUGCCUGGGAAGACAGCGUGGAAGAGACGAAUAAAUUCCUUCAGUCUCUGAAUGAAAUUAACAGAUGUUGUUUAGAGUUGACUUCAGAUGUCCUGAUGGAGCGCAUUCGAUUUGAAGCAUUCAUCUGCAACUUACAGCUGCGAGUUCAAGAGAAGGAGCUGAAAAAGUCUGAAAAACUUCAGAUUCAGGAGGCAAUGAGAAAAAACAGGGGAAAGAUUGAGGAACGUAGAAACUUUGCAAUUACAAAGACAGUUAAAGUUAAGGUUCCCAUUGAGAGCAAGUCAUGGAAGCACAGGAAGGCAACGACCUGCACCGUCUGUGAGGAAAACUGCCAUGAGUUUAACUGCUGGUGGGGUGCAAAUCCCAGCAAAUGUGAAGUCAUGAAAAACGGUUUCUGCACAGUGUGCACAGGGAAGUGUCAUCACAGCAAACAUGUCAAAGAAAACAAGAAAUACUUCAUCAGAACCUCAAGCAUGACUAUUGAGUUUGACAACUAUAAAAAUAAAUAUGAAAAAGCCCAAGAAGACUCUAGGAGAUUUUCAGUCAUAAUGGAUGAUAUUGACAAAGAUUUGAAGGAGAUUGAAGACCAAAAGUCAAAUCUUCUGACCGAAGCUUACCAGACCAUCAAUAAUCUGUCUCAGAUCGCAUUAAAAUCAGACUCUGCCUUCACUCUUCAGCAUCUCGACUUCUUCAUCCCCAGAGUGAGGGAGGCUGGGAAAGAAGAUUGGUUGCGAGAGCUGGAGGAAAUGAGGAGAAAAGCUGAAGCUGAUGAAGCCAAUAAAGAUGCUCUGAGUUAUCUGAAAGCUGGUCUGGCAAAACUAGAUCUUUUCUUUGGUGGGCAAUGA